UGUAACUGCAUACUACAUAGCAUAAAACACUUAUAAUUUUUUUCAAUUGCUACAGGGGGUAAAGAGGUCAUUAUAUGUAACAUCAGCAAUUCAUCUGCAUCUCCGGGGAGUUACCAACUUGAUAACACUAUCAAGGAUCUGUUUCUCACUUUCCAUUGCUAUUGUACACGCAAAGAUGUAGGUUUGAUAGUUUUUUUCUGCUUGAUCUUUUUACUCAAAUUAGUAGAAUAACAUGGCAUCAGAUUUUUGUUCCCACAUUAAUUACUUACUGCUGUUAAAUAUUUUGUUAGAUACAAUGUCUUGAUGUCCUACUUGAAGACACUGAUGUUGUGAAAGCAAUAACAGAGUAUGUCUCUUAUGCAGCAAUUGAGAACUUGGUGGUUGGUGCAACAUCCAGGCAUGGGUUUAUUCGAUUUAAGUCAUCAAGCGCAUCAAGUAGCAUUUCAAAAGGGGCGCCGGAUUUUUGUACUGUGUUUGUCAUUUCAAAGGGCAAAGUCUCUUCAGUUCGGAAUGCUACUCGCCCGGCCGCUCAUACAUCUCCACUUCUGAGCCAUAUACAUGAUCUAAUUAGCCAGGUCCAAACUCAACCUGCAGAGAUAUCCUCCAGACGUAUGAAUUUGAGAGACAGGACAUCAAUCAAACCUCACAGCCAGGCGGAUGAAUCUUUUAAGUCUCCAUUUGUAAGAGGAAGAGGCAUGGGUGGAAUGUCAUGUGUGGACUUCCCAGAAUCAGACACAGACAUAUCAUUUGUAAGCUCUGAGAGGCCAAGCAGUGGACGUUCAUCCUCCGUUUAUGACUACAUUGACACAGGCCGAACUUCUCGACUUUCUACCAAUUCAGAUCAUAGCUUUGGAUCAACUCGAUUGGGACUCAAGUUCAACCCCUAUUCACCAGAUACGUCAUUCUCACAUGAAAGCUGUACAACAUCAUUUUCAUAUUCAUCACAGAGCGUGGUGAGUGAGCACAUUUCUUUUUUAUAUACACCACUUCAAUUGAUUAGCUAUGAAUAUCUUCUUUCAAUAUAUUAGAGUAGCCAUCCGAUGGCUAGCAGGUUACGCUAUUUGCUUUUAAAAAUUCUAGUUUUUCGAGCAUAUCUUCA